CUCUUGACGGUCUUGACGAGGGCAGCGCGCCCGGCGCAUGAGAUUUAGUUGCUUCCAGAGCAGAGCAGGAGGUGGUGGAAUAUAAUUCGUCUCAUCGCCAACCAUGAACAUAUACAUUUGCUCUGGCCCGGUCUGAACUGGAAGGGACAGUGGAUGACAGGGGGUGGCUGUGAAGCUCAUUUAGUGACGCGCCCCGAGACGCGUCGGUAGAGCAGUCCCGUGACUCGUCUUUUCUCCACCCCCUCUUUCCGUGAACGUCGACAGCGAUGGACAGCGACGAGGAUCUUGCAAGAGCCAUCGCGCUCAGCCUACAGGACCAGGCCAACAAGCCCAAGGCUCAGCCCGAAGUGCACGUCAUAGACGACUCGUCAGACGACGACGAAAUAACUAUUCUAGACGAGGACCCGCAAUUCAGCAGGGACCUCAAGCGCGCCAUGAAGCAGUCCAAGGCAGAGGCGGAAACCUCAGCUUCCACUUCCAGAAACGCCACGUCCCCCGCCCCUCCAGCGCCCCAGGCGCCGGGUGCACCAUCUGGCUUCAUCUCAGAACGCGCAAAGAUGGAACAGGAACGUCUUGCUCGGCUGAAGCGUCUUCGCGGCGACAGCGUCACCGAUACCACAUCCGCAGACCAGGGCGACCAGAUUCCGGUGAUGAAAAGGCAACGCGUUUCGCCUUCACGCGCGUACGCCGGUAAUAACCGUGCCGCUCACAGCGUCUCCGCCUUCGCCUCUUCGUCCUCGUCUGGCGUCGAUGAGGCGGGCGGGAAGGGUGGCGGGAAGGAGAAAGGAAAGGAGAAGGAAAGAGACGUGCCCACUAUUGACAGGACAUUCUGGGACGGCGAGCUCAGGCCGACAGCAAACAGGCAUGCAGAGCCGAGGGCGGACGGGCGGGCUACGUUCAGGCUGUCAGAGGUUAUCGGACAUAAAUCCAACAUCGAGUUCGCGAUUCUCUCCUCCUUUAGCACGUCCAUCUCCUGGAUCUACGAGUUCUUCGACCCGCACACGCCCGUCAUCUUUGUCGCGCAGCCUGAUUCCUCGGGAAACGCGGCGCUCAAGAACGUGCUUCCGAACUGGCUCAUGACGACCCCGUUCUUGCGGAACGGGUAUGGGUGCCAGCAUAUGAAGUUCAUGUUGCUGUUUUACAAGGACGGACGUCUCCGUGUCGUUAUUUCGACUGCAAACCUGAUCGACUAUGACUGGCGGGAUAUUGAGAAUGCUGUCUGGUUACAAGACGUCCCUAGGCGCCCCUCGCCCAUCCCACACGACCCCAAAGCAAAGGAUGACUUCCCCUCGAUCAUGCAGAAUGUCCUCCGCUCGGUCAACGUGCGCCCAGCGCUGGCGAAUAUGCUCGCUAACGACCACCCAAACCUCCCCCUGCAAACCAUCGCAGACCUGCGCACGCACUGGGACUUCUCAAAAGUCAAAGUGAAGCUCGUCCCGAGCAUCGCAGGGAAACACGAGGGCUGGCCCGCGGUCGUGCAGAGCGGGCACCCGCGGCUGAUGAAGGCCGUGAGGGACAUGGGCCUGCGGACGGGCAAAGGCAAGGCUGCGAAGGAGCUGGUGGUGGAAUGCCAGGGCUCCUCGAUAGGCACGUACACCACCCAGUGGCUCAACGAGUUCCACCACUCCGCGCGUGGCGAGUCCGCCGAAGACUGGCUCGACGCGCCGCGCUCGCGCCGCACGAAGCUGCCGUUCCCGCCCGUCAAGAUUAUUUUCCCGAGCUUGAAGCGCGUGCGCGCGACGGCGCUCGGCGAGCGCGGUGGAGGUACGAUGUUCUGUAAGCGGGCGCAGUGGGAGGGGAAGAACUUUCCUAGAGGAUCCUUUUAUGAGAGCGAGAGUCGGGGUGGGAGGACGCUGAUGCAUACCAAGAUGAUCAUCGGCACGUUCCGCUCCAACCCGCUCGUCAGCGUAGGGGCUGGCACGUCGAAAAGUGCUCCUCAAAAGAAACAGCUCGAAGACUCUGAAACUGAGCCAGAAGAUGAUGAUGUAGAUCCAGACAUCCAAAUCGUCAACGAACCCAUCGGGUGGGCGUACGUUGGUUCGCACAACUUCACACCCUCCGCGUGGGGCACGCUUUCGGGCUCGUCGUUUAAUCCUUCACUUAAUAAUAUAAACUACGAAUUGGGCAUCGUCAUGCCACUAUAUAACGACGAGGACAUCGACAGAGUGAGCUGUUUCAAGCAUCCGCCGAAGAAGUAUGGUUCGGAUGAUGUUCCUUGGAUGCAAGACGAGUCAUUGAUUCUACGCGAGAUUGCUGCUGCUAGCAGCUGAUGUUGCGAUCCUUGUUCUGUAGAAUGCC